GACCGGUAUGGAAGCAUUAACAGUUGUCCCCUGCUCGCGUGCCUCUUCAACUCAACGCGCUGGUCGUGCUGGUCGUACUGGACCUGGUAAAUGUUUCCGAUUAUUUACUCAAUGGGCUUUUUUUAACGAAAUGGAAGAAAAUACAGUACCGGAGAUUCAAAGAGUUAAUUUAUCUAACGUUGUGCUAUUAUUAAAGGCAUAAACGAUUUAGUUAACUUUGAUUUUCUGGAUCCUCCAGUAGAAGAUACAAUGAUUCGAUCUCUUAGUCAGUUAUAUGCAUUAGGUGCAUUAAAUGAUCGAGCAGAAUUAACUAAACUUGGACGUCGUAUGGCAGAAUUCCCUAUGGAUCCAUGCUUAUCUAAAGCGAUUAUUGCCGCAGAAAAAUACGAUUAUACAGCACAUCAAAAUUUGAGAAAACCGGGAGGAGAUCAUAUGACAUUAUUAAAUAUUUGGAAUCAAUGGGUUGAAACAGAUUAUUCAGUUCAAUGGUGUUAUGAGAACUUUAUUCAAGUAAAAACACUAGAAAGAGUGCGUAAUGUUAGAGAUCAGCUUGUUCAACUAAUGGAUCGAGUAGAAGUAAAAAUUGUUAGUAACCCUAACCCUAACGAUUCAACACCUAUUCAAAAGUCCAUUACUUCUGGUUUCUUCUUUAAUGCAGCAAGAUUAAAUAAGUCAGGCGAUUCUUAUCGUACAGUUAAACAGAAUCAAACUGUUCAUAUUCAUCCAAGUAGUGGCAUGCUUGAAAAGAAGCCUAAAUGGAUUGUCUAUUAUGAAUUAGUUUUGACAAGUAAAGAAUAUAUGAGACAAGUAAUGGAAAUUCAGCCACCUUGGUUAAUAGAAGGUAAGAAAAUAAACAAACAAACAAAUAAAUAAACAAAGCUAAAAUAUAAAUUUUGACAGUUGCACCUCAUUUUUAUAAGCAAGAAGAUUUGGAUAAUUUAGACGAUAAUAAGAAGAUGCCAAAGCAGAAAAAAUAAAUAUAACAAUAAAGAUUUUUAAAAAAAGUUUAUUUUUAGAGAAUAUUUUUUUUCUCUACUAAAUGAAAAAAAAA